GGAAAGGUUGGGAAAGUUUGAUGUGGCAAACAAAGUUAUAAUUAUAACUUGUAUACUAGCCAUUGGAGAUCUCUUGGUAUCCGUCCCUGUGUGCCCGUAAAAAUUUCUAUGUGACCGGAACCGCUCAGUCGACAAUCGGAACUGAUUAUCCGGAAAGGAAUAAAUCACUUAGGAUUUCAAUUCUGGAUUAAUCAAUGGCGAUGGUGCAUUCUAUCUGUAAAUUAUUGCUAAAGUUUCCGCUGACAACCGGCCAUAUUGCGGUUACAUCGUUCUCAUCUUCCCUCAUUUGGCCCACCCGCCGCCGCGCCCUCUCAAUCCUUUCAUUCAAUAAAGCAAAACAUGCGAUGAGUUGGAAGGAAAGUAGGGAACGAGUUAGGGGAAUUAUGGCUAUAUUUUCAGCGGAGUUCAGCACCCCCGCAACUUCGGCAGACGAUAAGGCUAUAGACGGCCGGGAGUACUUGAUGAUGUCAAAGGAGCAGCUGCUGCGGCAGUGCGAGAUGAAUACAUUCAAGUCGUCCGGCCCGGGCGGACAACACCGUAACAAGAGAGAGUCUGCUGUGCGGCUCAAGCACCGUCCCACCGGUAUUGUUGCUCAAGUAUAUCAUACCCCCUACCUUCUCAAAAGUCUAAGGAUUUUUAAUGAAAUUUGCUGGUUUUAUCUGGUCCGAUUUGGUUUUAUUUGGUCUUGUAUAGAAAAAGUUGGUCUCUGUGUAUUUUAUAACUAUCCAAGUCUGGUCUGAAUUGGUCUUGGAUUCAAAACAAUCCAAAUAAUGUUUUGUGAAAUUCCUAGCCUUAGGCACGGCCAGCCCAAAAGCACUUUUG